CUCCUCUUGCUGGCCCUUGUGGUCUCAGUCAGUGCUGCCAAAUCCCGGAAUCUGUGGCAAUUUUGGAAAAUGAUCAAAUGCGUCAUCCCCAGCAGUAAUCCCGUGUGGGAUUUCAGCACCUACGGCUGCUACUGUGGCUUGGGGGGCAGCGGCACCCCAGUGGACGCACUGGACAGAUGUUGCCAAGCCCAUGACAACUGCUAUUCUGCAGCCAAGAAGCACCCCGAGUGCCGAUUCCUUCUGGACAAUCCUUACAUGAACACCUACCACUACAAGUGCUCUGGCACUACCAUCACCUGUGAAGGGAAGAACGGCGAAUGCGAGGCAUUUAUCUGCAACUGCGACCGCAGCGCUGCCCUGUGCUUCGCCGGAGCGCCUCACCACGGCGAGAACAAGCGCCCAGGCGCGAGCGGGCGCUGCCAGUGA